CUCACGUUGUCACAAUGACAUCACCCACUGGCUCUUCUUGGUUAGAAACGUCUGGGUUGUACAAUUCAACAUGAAUUGCAAGGCAGAAAGAGGAGGGAUAUUGUUUUAGUUAGACACCAGAACGGAGUAUUGUUUUAUAAACAGAAACUCCAUGGUUUAUUGGUCUAUCUCGGAUGAACAGGGAGGUUUACAAAUGUAAUUGUACGUCAUAGGAAUAGACAGCUUUUUCAAUGUACUGUAUUUAUUUUAUGGACGCUAGUGUGAGGAUAAGGGGAUAAGAUAUUGUAAAUAUAACUGUUGUUGUCGGUAUAUAGAUUUCAAAUCAAACAAAAUAGAAUCAGUUAAUGCAGGCUUCACAGUCUGACACUUGGAAUGAACGAGUAAGCUGGUCGGUUUGUAAACAAGCUGUCUGUUAAAAAAAAUAAAUACCGUUCUUAGUUCAUUCCUUAACAAACAGGGCUUUUCCUACAAGCAGCGUUGACGUUUCUAGAAAAAACAAAACAAACACAAAAUCUAUAUAUCUGUAUAUAGCUUAGACAUAGUAAGACAAUAAAUGACCGGCUUAUGUGAAAUCGUCAAGAUUUGGUGCCGAUCGUUCAAACUGAUAUAUGGAGUAUUUAUUCAAACAGCCCAUAUGUGUGGAUUUUUCAAUUCCAUCUGCCUGCUAACUCAGACGAGCUCGCUGAAAAAUACACCAAGUGGAUUUUAAACGUGAGUGAGAUACGCAGCUUUCCUUGGGCGCCGAACUCUAAAUAAACGCUUGCACAUAGCUGCAAUACUCUUCUUUGUUAUAUAUACAGCUCACAGAGCCACAGAUCAAACACGGGUUUGAUUAACACAUCCUGUUUUAAUUCACCAAUGUAUUUAUUUCCCGAAUGAUGGCAUUAUUAUCGGUCCCGAGGUUGUGAUGCACUGAAUAAUUGAAUGCGAGUGCACGCAAAGGAGCUGUCUGGUUUGCGGUGGUGCUGAUGCGGCUUGACCAUGGCUGCAGGAAAGUUACUCCUCUACGCUGGCCUUUCUCUCGCCCUCUGCGCCUUGGGCAUGCUGACAGUGGCUAUCUGCUCCGAUCACUGGUACGAAACAGACGCCAAGAGAUACAGGGAAAGAUGCAAGAGCUUCAGCAGCAGGAGGAACGACCCGGGCUUUAUAUACAUCCCCAACAACAGCCUUCCACUGAGGGCUAGCAGAUCGAGACUGGACCGCUGGGAAGAGAAAUUGCUGUUGGCUAGAAAUCGGAGGCAGCUUUUUGCCAUGAGCGCUGCAGACGAGUGCAACAGGCAAUAUAACUCUACCAACAUGGGGCUCUGGACCAAAUGCCAUCGACUAGGGUUCGACCAGGAUAUGGAGGACCUCAUCGCCAAAGGUUCCAUCGAGAGAUGCUCUUACAUGAAGUACCACUACUCUUCUGCCACAAUCCCCAAAAACCUCUCCUACAACAUCACCAAGACCAUUCGACAGGACGAGUGGCACUCUUUGCACCUGCGCCGGAUGACGGCUGGGUUCAUGGGCAUGGCAGUUGCCAUCAUUCUCUUUGGCUGGAUUAUUGGGGUGCUGGGCUGCUGCUGGGACCGGGGGCUCAUGCAGUAUGUGGCAGGCCUGCUCUUCCUCAUGGGAGGCACUUUCUGCAUCAUAUCUCUCUGUACCUGUGUGGCUGGAAUCAACUUUGAACUCUCCCGGUACCCCCGCUAUCUUUAUGGGUUGCCUGAUGACAUCAGCCAUGGUUACGGCUGGUCCAUGUUCUGUGCCUGGGGUGGCCUGGGGCUGACCCUCAUCGCCGGCUUCUUCUGCACCUUGGCCCCCUCUGUCCAGCCCCUGCCCCGCUCUGCCUGCCUUAAAUCCAGGCCAGAGAAUGGCACUGUCUGCUAAAGACUUAGAUCUAACAAAACCACCAACACCACAACCUCCCUCUCCAAGCAGAGAGGCAUCUGUUCUGGUUACCGAGAGGCCCUUUCAUUCCUUAUUUUAAGGGCGCCACUCAAGAACAAGAUGGAAGUCUCACCUCUGACCUUUCCCGGCUAUAUAUUAUAAAUUUAUAAAUAUAUAACUUUUUUUUUUUUUUGUUAAAACAUGUUCCGUGCGCAACUUGUUUUUUUCUUUGGGCAGUCUUUAAAAAGUAUUUUGGGAUAUUGAGGUAUGAAGGAGAGGAACCUAUUCUAACCUCAAAACCAAGUCAGAUUAAUCCGUGUGGUUAAAAAAUGACAUAAGAACAUGGCAACUAAUGGACCCGUUAUUUCUUUCAAUGUGUGCGUUUUCAGCUGUCUCUAAUGGAUGGUACACAAUGAAGAUUAACAUGAGAAAAAAUGUGGAGAAUUGUCUUCUGUACAUAAUCCAUUCAGAGAGAUUAUGAAAUUGUUGAUGCUGUAUUUAUUCAGCCUGGAGUUUGGCGGUAGAUAAAGAAACAGUAAAGUAUGAUGGGAUGUUUUGAAAAACAGACUCCUCAGAGCAGCCAAAGCUUUUAUUUAUAUUUAUGUAUUCAUUUAUUGUUUUUAAAUAGGAUGAUAGACAAAAUGGCAUACACGGCUGAAAGAUGGCUACCCUUUAGAACAGACUGUUUUGUGGGCCUGAUACAAACUGACUUGUUUAAAUACACAACGAGAGAGAAAAAGGUGUUCUAGCCGUUCAUUCAUUUGGUAAUUCAAAAAUUAAGUAACAAUUUGUUACAUACUGUACUGUCUUCUGAGAAAAGUGAAUCCAUUUAAUGUUCUUUUGCUUCCAUCAAAACACUGUCAUGGAUAUGUUUCUCCGAUGUUUUGCUAGCCAGUAACCAAGGGAGGGUUUGACUUGACCUAAACUGCUGCUUUCUCUGAGUGAAAAUGUAUAAUGGUGGACCUUUAGGCAUGUAAAAUAUUGUAAAGAAUAUUAUUGAGAAGAAGAAAAGAAGAAACAAAAAUUCAAGAUUUCCAUGUACAAAAGUUUCCAUUUUCCAAUCUCCUAAUCCCAUUCUUCCUUUUUGGAAAAAAUGACAGAUUUUCUGUUUCUUAAUCUGAUCUGUGCGUGUCUGUGUGCUGUUUUUCAUUACCAUUUUCAUACAGUAAUUGGUUUUUGGUGUUUUACAAUCUCUGUAUAAAAACAAACAAACAUUCAAUUGUAUAAAUUAACAGAGAAAAAAAAAGAUGAAUUUUUCUAAUUAAGGAAUUUAAUGGACCAGAAAGCUGCAGUAUCUUUUAGUUUAUAUUUGCUUUCUUCUGAAAUGAAGUAUGAAAACAAUAAAAAAAAGUAAGUUAUUAACAGAGAAAGCAAAACUGCUACAGGGUCUGUUACAGUAUACAACAGUUAAACACUUUUUUGUGUCCAAAUUGUAAAAGACAGAGACAUACUUUGAGUGCAAAAGCAAAGCAAAUUUUCCUGGGAGAAAUAAAAGUACCAUACAUGUAUAAGAAGCAAUGCAGAGUUAUUAAAGCUUUUGCAAAAAAGAAAAACAAACACUUAAACAUUAUCGUUGCUAAGGUUACAAAACAAGGUUCAUAACUUUAAUUAGCUUUCAGGACUGUUUUCGCUGCUCACCUUAUCAUUAAACAGUGGAACUUUCAUUUCUAAUACAUUUUCUUCACCUAGGAAAAGCAUCUACUUGCAACACUUUGUAGCAGAUCCCUCCUGCAUAUUGGUCUGUGCUUUCUGCAAAUGGAGGACCUGAUUCUAAAGGCAAAGGCACCAUUGUUAUUGUCUGUCUCUGUCUUGAUAUCAUCUCCCCUCCUCCCACCUCUGCUGAUUGCUUGUUUACCUUGAGCCAAUCAUGUUGUUAAAAACUGGUUAAUUUAGGUUCAGUACCAGCAAAAGCACUCCCCCUCUGCACAUGGAUGAAUCAUCGCCACCUCAAGAAUUGAGUGCUUACUGAGGUGCUGGGAUGAAAUCGCUUCUCAAUCAUACACCCUACUCGUAUCUGUUCUUUUUCAAAGCCAUUUACCGGUUAGAAAAGUACAGCUAUUACAACAAGCAAAUACUUAAAGAUUGAACACAGCUGACAUUAAUAACACUGGAUUCAUAAAGCAUACAGGUAGUACUUCACAGUCUGUUCUGAGGGGAAACAGGAAAAUUAAGUUAAUGGGUAUGUAAGAGUGCUCUAACCAGAGACCUGAAGCCAAGUCUCUUAGAAAAGGAAAUACAAUGCAAUUUAGUAAUGGAGGGAGGGACUCAACAGAAACCAAGUCAAUGUGAUAAAACACUCCCACAAUAUAGUUGUGAAUAUAAAAAUCAACAUUAUGCUACUGCUAAGCCCUAAAUUUACUUGGAUAAUCAGUAUUGGACUGGGUAAAAUACUAUUCUUUCUUUGAAAAAGGGUUUUUUUCAGCGGUAUUUAUUAAUUUAGACAUCUAUUCUCUACUGCAAACCAAUAUGAUUUAUCCUACUUUCAUUUUUGUUUGAUUUCUCUUUUCACUUUUUCCCAGCCCACAGCUCCAAUACCCUGGAAAGCCAGUCUCCCAGUGUGAUCCUUGUUAUCCAAACCAUCUGGCUACACCGUGCGUAACUCUCCCCAUCCUUUGAUUAAUUAUAAGACCACACCUGAGUUCGAAACCUUAAUCAAUAGGCCACUGUUUCAGUCUCACAGCUCAACCACAAGGCACACUGCCCCCCAGUCCAUAGCUCCAACCAAUAGGAUACACUGCCUCCCAGUCCAUAGCCCAAACCACUAUGAUAUACUGCCUCCUAGUCCAUAGCUCUAACCACUAUGACAUACUGCCUCCCAGUCCAUAGCUCUAACCACUAUGAUACACUGCCUCCCAGUCCAUAGCUUUAACCACUAUGAUACACUGCCUCCCAGUCCAUAGCUCUAACCACUAUGAUACACUGCCUCGCAGUCCAUAGCUCUAACCACUAUGAUACACUGCCUUCCAGUCCAUAGCUCUAACCACUAGGAUACACUGCCUCCCAGUCCAUAGCUGUAACCACUAGGAUACACUGCCUCCCAGUUCAUAGCUCUAACCACUAUGAUACACUGCCUCGCAGUCCAUAGCUCUAACCACUAUGAUACACUGCCUUCCAGCCCAUAGCUCUAACCACUAGGAUACACUGCCUCCCAGUCCAUAGCUCUAACCACUAGGAUAUACCACCUACCAGUCCAUAGCUCCAACCACUAGGGUACACCACCUACCAGUCAUUAACUCUAACCAUCAGACACACUUCCUCCCAGUCUCUCAGCUUUAAGUACAAGACCACACUUUAUGCCUCAGUUUGGGUCCCCAUACAAGUCUGGCAGAGUUAAGGUUGUUUAAGUACCAUACUAUAAGUACCACAAUGCGUUGCAUAGCCAUAUGGUCACUCUACUUUCAGCCUUAACCACUAGGCCACACUGUCUCCACGCCCCUCAGCACCAACCACAAGACUACAUCUUCCUAACUGAACUUUAACCAGUCUCAAUACAAAAAUAUAUCCAAAAGUUUCUAUUUUGGCCCUCAAAGACCCUUCAACUUUCAACAUUGAGCCUCCAGGGAUACUGCAACUUUUGUUUAACAAAUAUUAAUAAAUAACAAUUCUGUCAACCUAUUACACCAGUAGUGUGUCUGUUGAGUAAAAAUAAUUAACAAUCCUGAAUAUGUUCAACUGUGGAAUGUAAAACUGUACAAAUAAACUCUCAUUGGUGUGUUUUACUUGUGUGCAUAGUUUUAAUCAAUAUAUAAGCUUAUAAGAUGUUACCUUUCUUUUCAGCCUCAGGUUAAUAUCUAUAUAUGAGAGUUUGUACAGUAUACAACUAGCAAGAAACACCUUCGUUUCAGCUAGGAGCAAGAAUAGUAAUUUCUUGGUAGUUUUAUACUGUUAUUCCUUUCAGAAAACAGUAUAUAUUCUAAUAUCAUGUAUCAUAAAGCUAAGCAACAUAUUGAAAAUUGAAUUGUUUAAAGAUUGUGCUCAUAUUAAAUAAUGGUUGCAAAGUAGGACAAAUUACUUUAAAAUGAACAAAAUUGCACAAGUGCACCUACAUAGGAGUUAAUCAAUGCACAUGGAAAAAAAAAAAAAGAAUUUGGCAAUAAAGUUCAUUUCUGCAAUUAUUACUUACAGUAAUCCCCUGUCUUAAAAGUAUUUUUUUGUAGAACUUGACAAUGUUAUCAUGUCAGCUCACUUAAAGCUGCAAGUAUCAAAGUCCCACUUUCUGCAGACUAUAAGAACAUGUUUUGUUUUCUGAGUGGUAUAGCACAUCUUGGAAAUUGCACUUUCAACCUUCUAUAGCUACAAAUAAUACAGGAACAUGUCUAUAUGGCUCACAGAUUGACGUAGUGGCAAUCAGGUUUCAAGGGGGGGAGAAAGUUUGUGUACCUACUGCUAAAAGCGCAGUACUUUUGAGAAACUUAAACAAGUCUGCAUUCUGAUAAAGCAGUAUGCUAUGGGAAAACACCAAUUAAUUAUAUAUCUUAGAGUAACUUGAUUGUCCAUCUUCAUUGCAGUUUCUGUAGCAACCAAAUCUCAAAAUAUCAUCACGGAUAUAAAACAAAGAAGAUUGAGAUGGCUAGGACACGUACUCUGGAUGGAACAAAACCGUAUCCAGUAGGUGUCGCUACAAUGGACACCACAGGGGAAAAGAAAACAAGGAUGACCUGGCGGACAACAGAGAAAGUUACCAAAGAUCGUGUCAGAUGGCAAGGGAUCAUUGCAGCCUCAUGUCCCUAGAGGGACGAAGAGGAUUGUAGGACACUGCAGCUUUAAAAAAUCCUACAAAAAGCAUACAGUAUUGAACACACAAAUCUAAACGUCAGUAAAACGUAUUAAGGAACCUGUUACAAACUAAAACACAAGAGUUGAUUGCAAUCUUUAAAAUAAAAUUUGAAAGAAAUGCUUGAUGAAGUCUUUGCCUGUUUUUGCAUUCUGCGGCUUCCAGUAUCUGGGCUCUAGUUAAACAAUGUUGGCUCCUGUCCUGGUUUUGAGGUGCAUGCCCUAGGGUUCCAAAAUGCUCGGUGCUAGAUGUGUUCAGACAGCAGCUACCUGUAUCAUGUGAGAGGAACUCAGUGAAGCAACUCAAAGUACUGAGGGUUCAAAUCACUUGCUUGGGAAGAGUACCAUCGUUGCUUCAUGUCCAGCCUCCUCCGUUACAACAAUACGAUCAAAAUG